AAAUGAUUUCCCGGCAUGCUCGGCCAAAAGGGCGUGGUUCCAGAAACUGGUGACAUGACAGCUCGAGCUUCCAGGAAAUACCCGGGUGGUGGUUGGGAGUAGACUUCUACCUGCACAAUGGUGCUGGAUUCAGGGCUCCAGGCAUACGACAGACAGAAAUGUGCAUAUCUCCUGGAUUGCUCUCGACAGAGGAAGAACUCUUCGCAAACCAGCUGCUUCCCAGCGUCCUUCAAACCUCCAUGUUCUUUAGCCUCUUCAUGUCACGCCAAGCCGGCAGGAUGUCCUGUGUACAUGGGCCAGUGCAGCUGGAUGCGACGCAGUGAGAGUUCCUGCACCAUCAAUAGUGGCAGCAGCUGCAGGGGCAUAAUGCGAAGUGCGGGGUCCCUGCCAUCUAUCAGCAGAGCCAGAAAUGAGCAUAGGGCGCCCAAGAAGAGCUCUUGCCUUCUCAUAGCUCUGAGACCCAGCAAUGUUCAGCAGGAACGAGACAAAUUCUUUCUCUCCGGCUAUACAUACAAUCCACAGUUUGAGUAUCAGGAGCCCAUGCCUAUCACAGUGUUGGACAAAUACAACCAGGCAUCGGAGCAGUUCCUUCCCCAGGCUCUACGUAUUUUGAAUGCUGUUUUAUGUAAAUAUGGAAGCUAUGAGAGCUUUGAGUCUGUCACUGGAGGAAACCUUCUAACCAAAUCUCAGAUCUGGGUGUGCUACCGCAAAUAUAUGCAGAAAGAGCGCUGCAAUGGAGAGGUGGUGGUUCAGCUAACUGAAGACUUGCUAUCUCAGGCAGUCAUGUCAGUUGAAAACAGCCGUCCAACUCUCAGCAUUAACCUACUCGGGGCCCGGCAGCACUGGUUGGAGGGAAUGCUGCGACAUGAGAUUGGCACCCAUUACCUCCGUGGGGUGAAUGAUGCACGCCAGCCUUGGCAUGGAUCAGAAGGACGCAAGCAGUUUGGAUUAAGGCCAGCUAACCCUACGGAGGAGGGACUAGCAAGCUUGCACAGCGUCCUAUUCAGAAAGCAGCCCUACCUGUGGCGUGCCGCUCUCCUGUACUACACUGUGAGUUGUGCCUCUAAGAGUAGCUUCUCUGAGCUGUUCCACAGCCUCCAGCAGUUUGUGCAGGAUCCUUCUGUGCGGUGGGAGUACUGUGUGCGAGCCAAACGAGGUCAGAAAGACACAGCAGAACCAGGCUGCUUCAGUAAAGACCAGGUCUACCUGGAUGGAAUACUGCGGAUUCUGCGCCACCGACACACCAUUGACUUCCCUCUUUUGAUUUCCCUUGGAAAGGUUUCAUACGAGGAUGUCGAAAUGCUGCGGAAAUUUGCGCAGUUGGAGAACACUCGAAUACCUCAUUUCAUGCAUGAUUUGAACAAGUAUCAAACCCAGCUCUGUCACAUCAUGGAAACGAAUCAACUGAGCGAUGAGGAACUGAGACAAGCGCUCCCUGACUGACUCAAACCCAAGGCUACACAGCUUUUAUCCAUUAACCCACCAUUUGACAACAUAAUUGCACGUUGGGUUCAAAACAGUCAAGAUGGAGGAUUCUCACAGUGAGACAAUGCUGGACGAAUUUGUAGUGUUUGUAGUGUCAAUUAUCCGUACAGUUUUAGACUAACCCAUAUUUGCAUGAAAUGUCGACCACACAGACAGGUUUUUAUUUGAAUGGAUUCAGUCAGUAAAUAUCUAGAGGAACUGAAUUUUAUAUGAA